UGCCGGUGGGAACUGGCCAAUUAAAGUUGAGAAUUAUGGCACCGAUUUAAACGGAGAAGAAACACUUCCUGUGUUUUCAACUGAAGCAAAACAACACGAGUGUAUGAGAGGUUUGACUUUUCUUGUCAUCUGGAUAUAAAACCAGAAAAAUAUUUUAAGCAACUACUUGAAUUUUAUGUUCGGAAGUCUUAACAUUUGACGCUAACGUGAAGUUUGGAAACUUCUAACGUUGGUUUCGGUUAACGAAAGCAAAAUGCCGUCCUGUGUUGAUGACUACGAAGUGUUGUACACGAUAGGAUCGGGCUCCUAUGGAAGAUGCCAGAAAAUAAAACGAAAAAGUGACGGAAAAAUCCUCGUGUGGAAGGAGCUGGAUUAUGGCACCAUGGCUGAAAGUGAGAAACAGAUGCUAGUGUCGGAGGUGAACCUCUUGAGGGAACUCAAACACCCAAACAUUGUGAGGUACUACGACCGCAUUAUAGAUCGCCGCAAAACCACGCUGUACAUCAUCAUGGAGUACUGCGAAGGCGGCGACCUGUCUUGUCUCAUCAGCAGGUGCAUCAAAGAGAGGAAGUAUUUGGAGGAGCAGUUUAUCCUGCGAGUCAUGGUGCAGCUUUCGCUGGCGCUAAAGGAGUGUCACCGGCGGUGCGACGGCAGAGCCACGAUCCUCCACCGGGAUCUAAAACCAGCUAACAUCUUCCUGGACGCGAACCAGAACGUAAAACUGGGUGACUUUGGUUUAGCUCGGAUUCUGAACCACGACACCAGCUUUGCAAAGACGUUUGUUGGCACGCCGUACUAUAUGUCGCCUGAACAAAUAAACAGGAUGUCAUACAAUGAAAAGUCAGAUAUUUGGUCUCUGGGUUGUUUGCUGUAUGAACUCUGCGCAUUAUCGCCUCCAUUUACUGCUUACAACCAGAAGGAGUUAGCAGAAAAGAUCAGGGAAGGAAAGUUUAGAAGAAUCCCCUUCCGUUACUCCGAGGAACUAAACUCUCUUAUCAGCAGAAUGCUCAACUUAAAGGAUUACCUGCGGCCGUCUGUGGAGUCUAUUCUUCAGUGCAGCCUGCUGAGUGUCAUGGUCGCCGAUGAGCUAAAGAAGUUGCAAGUUCGACCCCGAAGAAAGUCCGUGGAGUCCAACAGCCCGCCGCAGAAGCCAAGUGAAACGCCAUGCGUCUCCGCUGCAGAGCUCAGGCAGAGGGAACAGGCUCUGCGAGACAGGGAGCAAGCGCUGAAGGAGCGCGAGGAGCGGCUGGAGAAAAGAGAGCACGAGCUGUGUCUUCGUGAACAGCUGACAAGUGAGAGGCUUGCAAGAGCAGAAAGUUUGCUGAGGAAUUACAAGCUGCAGCAGCAGAAGGACUUCCCGAUCUUUGGCAAAAACAUAGAUGCAGAGUCUUUGUCUCCCGGAAAGAAGAAAGUCCACUUUGCCGGUGAAAGCUCAGAGAAUCAGAAGCCAGAGGGUCGCCAGAGCGCAGCGUCACAGGAAUCCAUGAAAUUGAGACUCCAGGUUGCAAAGCUGCGCUCUCAAAAACUCAGCGAGAUGGAGAAAAUGUGCCAGUUGAAGAGCAGGCAGCUGCUCGGCAUUCGCUAAGCACACAGAUGCUUUUGAGUCCUUACAACUGGAUUUUGUGUUUUUAAAAUAAUUGUUGUGAUUCUAGUCAAGCUAAGUAAGUUAUUCAGUGUAUUUCAAGCUUUUUAUUGCUUUCUUGAUUGAGUUAAUUUACAGACUGUACGAGUAUAAAUGGCAGCUAUUGGAAUUGUUAGAAUGGUGUGCACAUUAUUGCUGUUUUAACAAUCCUUUCAUUAAAAACACAUUUUAUGAACCACUGUCAAGAAAGAAUAAACAAAAAUGUCACAGAUUA